CACCCCUAGGAGAAGAUGGCCGGGUCUCCUGCUCUGCUGCUUCUGCUCGCUCUGGAGCUCUGCUGCCCUGGGACCCAUAGCCAGAAGGAUGAUAUGAGGGUCACGUUUCGUGACAGGAGAAUCAGUCAUCCCAAGCUGGGACAGCGGCUGGAGCUGGAGUGUCAGACCACCAACGCGGAGAACGGUGUAUUCUGGGUCCGCCAGAACAAAGAUGGGACCCUUCACUUCAUUGCCUUCAUCUCCUCCCUGUCCCGGGUCACCUUCAAGGAGAAGCAGCCAUCCACACGCUUCGAGGCAAGGAAAGACCGCAACAUCUACCAUCUGGCAGUGAAGUCUUUCACGGCAGCAGAUGAGGGGAACUAUUUCUGCUUCAUGAACGCCAACCAAGAGCUGUACUUCAGUCGUGGCCAGCCUGCCUUCUUCCCAGUCACCACCACAGCAGCACCCACUGCACUGGCACCCACCACCCAGAGUGGCAUCACCAGAAAGGACCCCUGCCUGAAGACCCUGGAUCCAGAGAACAUGAAGAAGAGCAAGCUGAGUUUAUUCUGCGACCUCUUCAUCUGGGUUCCCCUGGCAGGCGCCUGCCUCCUGCUCCUCAUUGCCCUGGCAGUCACCGCCGUGCUGUGUCAACAAACCCGAAGACGAAGAUGCAGAUGUAAAAGACCUGUGAAUGGGAAGCCCAAUGUGAAACCUAGCAUGCCAAGACAACGUACAUAA